AUGUUCCACUCAACGAAACCAUACUCGGCCGUUACGGUACAGAUAGAGGUACUUACCAGCGAACAAUAUGAGGUGGAAGACUCGAGCGGUAUUGUCGAUCUUAUUGAGGCCAUUCGUAUACAAGCAAGCGGCCCUACAGAGGCUUCCCGCGCUCUGCGCAAGAAGCUGAAAUAUGGCAAUAUUCACCGUCAGUUACGAUCCCUUACGAUCCUUGAUUUCUUAAUUCAAAACGCGGGUGAUCGCUUUCACCGAGAAUUCGCAGACGAGCCGUUACUGGAGCGAUUGCGAAUUGCCGCCACGGACUCGAUUUCCGAUCCCUUGGUUAAAGAGAAAUGCAAGCAGUUGUUUGGACAAUGGGCAGUCUCAUAUAAGGGUACCCCUGGGAUGGAACGGAUUGCUGGGUUAUACAGGCAGCUUCCGAAACGGAAACAACCAGCGAAUCAAGCGAAGGCCAAGGUUCUACGCGACUCGGAUAAGUCUUCUGAGCCUCAAAUCGGACACUCGGUAUCAGUUUCUGCUGGAAACGGACCUGCUACCGUACUCAGUAGCCCGAAACACAAACAUUCAUCCAGUAAAGCACUGAAGAAAGAGAAAAAGGAAAAGAAGCUACACAGCCGUUCGUUCAACUUCGAAAAAGAGAAACCGGAAAUGCUUCAAACUUUAGCUUCCUCCUCAGUUGCUAGUACAAAUCUUCUUAACGCUCUCAAGCGCGUGAAUCGAGAGACACACCGCGUGAGUGAAGAUGCCGAGGUACUGAACAGAUUUGAGACGUGCAAGCAAUUACGGCGCCAAAUUCUACGAUACAUUCAACAUGUUGAGAGUGAGGAAUACCUGGGCAGUCUGAUUCAUUCCAACGAGGAGUUGGUUUCAGCAUUGAUGGCAUUCGAGGUUCUGGACAAGAGCUUGGACUACGACAGUGAUAGCGACCAAGAUGUUCUCGAGAGCGGUUGGACGCCUGAUCAUGAAGUCAAUGAGUCCUUUGCUGGGCUGGCCAUCAACCCUCCAAAACCCCCUCGCCCUACCCGACCAUUGAGUGUCGCAGUACCUUCAUCCUCCACACACGGACCGAUAUAUUCCAGCGAGAGUGAAUCAGACUUCGAACCUGAUGACGAUGACGAGGACAAUCCGUUUGGGGACAGGAAUGCAAUUUUGACGCCAGCGGUGGACACCUUUGGUCGAACUGUUAUACUACCUCAUCCAAGACCCCCCAUCCGUACCAUGCCCGACUCUCCCCGCGAGGAGCGCCGGCGCUCACGCUCACGCUCGCCGCCUCGCCGCCCAAAGGCUCACGGAGGCUUUCGCUGGAAAGACAAGCGCAGCGCAAACAACGACACUCAGAAUGACGGCGAUGCACGACUAGAUCGGGGCUAUCGGAAUCGCUCCCCCCGAAGACCGUACGAUCGAGACGGUGAUCGUGAUCGAGGUAACGACCGGUACAGAGGCGACUAUCGAGACCGAGAACGAGGUGGAGAUCGGGACCGGAGCGAUUACCGCGACAGAGAUAGGGACAGACCUCAAGAGAGGAGUCAUGACCGUGACCGCGACCAGCGCCCCAAGGAAAAGAAAGAGAAGAAGGAGAAAAAGCCCAAGCCCGCGCCCGUCGGCGGCGGCGAAGCAAUGAUAAUCGUGCACGUCAACGACCGUCUAGGAACGAAGGCUGCGAUCCCUUGUCUGCCCUCCGACACGGUCGGGAACUUCAAGGCCCUUGUCGCUGCGCAUAUUGGACGUGAACCGCAUGAAAUUUUGCUUAAGAGGCAGGGGGAGCGGCCGUUUAAGGAUUUUAUUUCGUUGGCGGAUUAUAGUAUUGGGAAUGGGGUGCAAUUGGAUUUGGAGGUCGGAACUGGGGAUUAA